AUUCUUGCUGCAACGACUCACCAUUUCCUUUCCUUAGUUUGGCCAUGCCUUGUCGACAACGUUUGCCCUGGAAUUAUGCCCUCCGCGCCCCUCACCUCCUCGUCUCAAUCGCCAAAGAAGGGCAAGGCGCAUGCGUACAAUAACAAGUUGACUGCGAUACAAGAAGACAAGGAAAACCAGACAUCCCAACAACAAAACCCUAUAGAUGGAUGCAGUGAAGAUGAACACAACUUUGACUCCUGCACUCCCGAACGAAAGAUUCCUCAUACACCAGCCGUACGCAUCCCGUUUGAAGAUCUCAUCGCAAACACUGAAGAUGCUUUCAACUGUGCUCCGCCACUAGCAACACCAAGAGAUCAUGUGCUGUGGGAUCCGCAUAGCUCAGACUUAUCAGGAGCUGCGGCUGGAACGCAAAGAAGUAGGAAGCGUGCACAUAGCUCAUCACCGGCGUCCUCACAACACGUUUCAGCACAGAAUGAUGCUUUAAACCUCGAUACUUUGAAUAAAUCCCUACGAACUCCAAACAAUGACCCCACCCAAGAUCUCUGGAACAGAUACACCGUUGCAAAUGCCCCGAAGAAUAAUCAAGAUGGGCAGGCAACGGCGAAUUAUGGUCACCUAAUCCCCUCGUCGCCGCAAACUCCUAGCACGACUAGUAAAGAUGGCAGCCUUCGCCGAACACACAGCUGCGGAGUAGAAUGGCCCACAUCUAAAGCAAAGCGCCGGAGGAUUGAGUCCAACAUCAAUCACGGCCGCACAAAACAGCUGUUUGCUGCGUCUCGACAAGAUAUCCUCCGUCGCGACCUGUCCAAUAACACUCGUGUUGGCCUACUCUUGGAGAAGAUACAGGAAAGUUUGACUAAGAAACCUGUCCCGACUGAGGAGAGUCCUUCAAGUUCUUCCCCUCUGCCAGAUCUGGCGAGACGUUCGCAGGCUUUAGUAUCGCCAACACGACCCCAAAGCCAAGGCUGGGCAUCGCGAGGUGGACAAAACGUAGCCGAUCAUGUAUUUGCCCAAGCGUCCAGUCCGAAGUCCCAGGGAAAUGCUCAGAAGGACAAGUCUUUCAGUUCUGAAUUUGAAGAUGAUGGCAUUGAUCUCGAGGCUUUCGAAAAUUUGGAGCAUGCACUCGAGCACGAGGCAGAGAUGGAAACUUACAAUGCAAGGAACGAGCGUCGCACUGGCCCUUCGAAUGCGGCCGAACAAAUGCAUGAAGCUGGCGCGACGUCGAAAGAGUUAGCAGAUGAAACCAAUAUGAAUGAGGCUCCCGAGGAGUUUGACGACGAGUUUUACGAUGACGACGAAGACAUCAUGGACGAAAUGAUCGGUCUGGCCGCUCAAUAUGACUCGCAGAGCAAGUCUCCGACUGAGAAACAAACAAACAAGGUACAUUUUACAGCUGUUCAGCCUAAACGCUUGGAAACACUUGAUGAAUUUGACGACGCUUUCGAUGAUGACGAUGAUGACUUAUGGAACGUCAUCGCUAACGCGACUUCGCUUACCGGGGGAGGAAGCAAACCGGCUGGCUCGAGCAUUGUGGAUAACAGAGCCAUCAAACGUUACCUUGUCAUCGACGUGUUUGAGAGUAUGUACGAGUACAAGCCAGGACGUAAGCGACCAGAAAAAAUGCUCUCCGUCAAGGAUGAAAAGACUGGUAUGCUCUACAUCGUCUACCUCCGCGAGUCCUGGUAUGAUACUCGUUGCAACAAAGGCUCAUAUGUCCACAUCAUUGGGAACUUUGAUCGCACCGGGCAGUGCGUCGUCAAUGACGCCGAAAAUAUGAUAAUCCUCCAUCCUGAUCAUCUCAUCUCUUCAACUGUGGUAGGUGAUUCUUUCACUUGCACGCGAAGAGCAGUGCUGCAAGACAGAGUCAAAGCCACCGGGGCAGCUACUCAACCACAAGUCUAUGGUCAUAUCUUGCACGAAGUCUUUGGACAAGCGCUGUGUAUCAACACUUGGGACGUCGAUACAAUCAGAGCUAUCAUCGCCAAAAUCUUGCCAAACUAUCUCGAGUCGCUCUAUGAGAUCAAUGUCCAGAUGCAAGAUGCUGCUGAAUAUCUACUUGGGAAAGCACCUGAGCUAAUGGCCUGGGCAAGUGUCUUUGUGGGUGAUACUUUAUCCCCAGAUGCUGUGGCUCGUGACCGCCAUGGCUUGCUCGUUCCGACCACAAUCAACAAGCUGCUAGAACUCGAGGAACACAUCUGGUCUCCCAUGUACGGGCUUAAAGGUAACAUAGAUGCGACAGUGCAAGCACAGAUGAAGCUGCCAGAAGACUCCGCGCCAAGAACCCUGCUGGUUCCCUUUGAGCUUAAGACAGGCAAGAGAGACAACGUUGAACAACAUCGAGUGCAAACGGCUUUAUACACUCUGCUCCUGUCUGACAGAUACGACAUCAACGUUACAUGUGGUAUCCUGUAUUAUUUAGAAUCAUCAAAGACAUUCCGCGUGGAGGGCGUCAGAAAUGAGCUUCGGCAUAUGAUCAUUGAGCGGAAUGAACUUUCUUGUUAUGUUCACGACAAGUUGGCAUUGCCGCCAAUGAUCAAAAAGGAGCAUCUCUGCAAGAACUGCUAUUCCAAACCUGCUUGCUUCAUUUAUCACAAGCUUUCAGAAGGCGGCGACGGUGUUUCCAGCGGGCUAGGGGACAUAUUCAAUGAGGUGGUUGACCAUCUUAGCCCAGCUCAUCAGACCUUUUUCAGAAAGUGGGACGAUUUGCUCACACGAGAAGAACGCGACAGUAUGAAGUUUCGAAGGGAAUUAUGGACGAUGCUGAGCUCCGAACGCGAGGCUGUCGGCAGAUGCUUCUCUGAAGUUAUGAUACAACCAGGUUCCGCUUUUGAAAAUCCCGGGAGCUCGAAGAUCAACAGAUUUGAGUACACCUUUGUGAAGCACAAACCUCGCCCUGGAUAUUCGUUCACGGAAUCUCAAAUCACCACAGGGGAUCCUAUCGUGAUAUCCGACGAGAACGGUCACUUCAACUUUGCUGCAGGUUUUGUCACGAACGUACGGCCCACCCGAGUUGUGGUGGCAGUAGAUCGAAAACUUCGACAGGCGACACGGACAUUGCAGGGAUUUGACUCGGUUAAGAACCAGGUCUUCUCGGGUGUCAUUGCUCCCGAGAUCGAAGAUGCAUCUGCCAGCGACUCGCCUUUUCUUUACCGGAUUGACAAGGAUGAAUUUGCUAAUGGAAUGGCAACCGCUCGCAAUAACAUCAUCCGCAUGAUGGAGAAAGAUCUCUGGAGAGCACGUGAACUUCGACAGUUGAUCAUCGACAACAAACCUCCCGAGUUUAAAGUUAGUUCAACAGCGUACACUUUGACUGGGACAGCGUCUCAGUCGAAUUUGAAUAUCGACCAGCGUCGAGCAAUCGAGAAGGUCAUGAGUGCAAAAGAUUAUGCCUUGAUUCUGGGAAUGCCUGGAACAGGCAAGACAACCACUAUAGCUCACAUUAUCCGUGCAUUGGUCUCACAGGGCAAAUCAGUUCUCCUUGCAUCUUACACUCAUACAGCUGUCGACAACAUCUUGUUGAAAAUUAAGGAUGACAAGAUUCCGAUAUUACGCAUUGGUGCUGUUAACAAAGUGCAUCCUGAUAUCAAGUCUUUUGCACACUUAUCCGGGGCCCCGAAACAUACCAUGGAAGACUUACGCGAUUCUUGGGAAAAUACCAAAGUUGUGGCGACGACCUGCCUUGGAGUUAGUCAUGGCAUCUUCAACGCGCGUACCUUUGACUAUUGUAUUGUCGACGAAGCUUCUCAGAUCACGUUGCCUGUCUGUUUAGGCCCGAUCAGAAUGGCCCGUACAUUCAUCCUCGUCGGUGAUCACUACCAGUUACCACCAUUGGUGCAGAACAAACAAGCUCUAGAAGGUGGUCUAGACGUCAGCCUUUUCAAGCUCCUGUCCGAUGCACAGCCUGAGUCAGUCGUUAAUCUAGAACACCAGUAUCGAAUGGCAGAGGACAUCAUGCUGUUGUCGAAAGAGCUUGUUUACAUUGGCCGAAUCAAGUGUGGCAACGAAGCGGUUGCGAAUCGAACUUUGCACAUUCCUGAUUUAGAAGCUGGGCUUACUCUACACCAUCAUACUGCUUCGACUGCGCCUUUGUCUUCACAAGAUCUUUGUUUGUCUGAUAGUAGCUGCUGGCUCAUGCGGGCGCUAUUGCCAUCCUCACGGUGCUUGUUCCUGAACACAGACACUAUCAAUUCACCAGAUUCGGGACAAGAAGCUGUGUCCGGAGCACGUAUCACAAACACAUGCGAAUCCAAGUUGACGGCUCAAUUGGUGGCUACUCUGAUUGACUCGGGCAUUGCUCCUCGAUCGAUCGGUGUUAUAACCUUUUAUCGCUCUCAACUCGCAUUAAUCAGGUCAGAUGUCAAAACUGCAGCUGGAUCGGUGGCUGCGGGAGAAGUCGAGAUGCAUACCGCAGACAAGUAUCAGGGUCGAGACAAAGAAGUCGUCAUUCUCAGUUGCGUGAGAAGCAACAAGAACAGCCACGUGGGAGACUUGCUGAAAGACUGGCGGAGAGUGAACGUCGCUGUAACUCGGGCUCGGAGUAAGCUACUUAUUCUCGGCAGUAAGCAGACCCUGGGAGGCAGUGACGUUCCAAUUCUUCAAGGCAUGGUCAGGAUCAUGCUCGACAAAGGCUGGGUUUUAGAUUUGCCAAUGGGUGCCACUCAGUCGCAUUUGUUCGAGGCCAUCCCGGGACCGACACAAAAAAGUACGUUUACGCGCGGAGGAGACCGAGGAUCUUCUCACCCAGCAUCGACCGUCCCCACAAAGGAACAGCGUCCCCUGGGGACCGUGGCCGCCGCUAAUGGCAGUCCCAAGAAGCGAAACGGCACUUUCAGGACGCCGGACAAGGUGGUUCGUGGGAGUUGCGCAGUUUUAGGCCAGGCCGAGAAACUUUUGGCUAGCAACCCGGUCGUGCAGGAUGUGAUGAAUGAGCUCGAUAGUGGCGAUGGUUUAACUGGAAAAGAGAAUUAUGAUCUGAAUGUGAAUAUGAUGACGGACGAUAUGGACUUGGUGGAUAUGGAUGCGGAUUUUGACCCAACUGAUUUUGGACUAUGCUGA